AUGUCUAAGUUAGCAAAUCGCCUGCCAGACGUAGAUAAUAAAAGUUUUAGAGACUAGAGAUAAAUCCAAGAACUCAAAAAGAAACUGGAUGAACAGAAAGAAGCCUUGCAAUAACUAGUAACUUUAGUCAAGGAAUCUAAAACUGAAUCCUAUAAGCCAAGAUAUAAAAAGAUGCCUAAAUUUGAAUAGGAUUAAUUUACAUUGGAACUUUUGGAGGAAGUGAAGACUCUUAGGAGAUAGGUAAACAACAUUGAAAAUGGUCCUAAAGCGAAUCAAGUUUAAAAUCCUUUUAUAAUACCUCAAUAUUUACCUGUUCCUCAUUAGCCUUAAAUGUAAUAAAUGAUGCCUCCUUACAUGUACAUGAAUCCUUAUUUUCACAUGCCUCAACCUUUGAUGUAUUAACAAUCAUAGAAUCAAGCACCAAAAAAGAAGGCUGAUCCUUAUAAAAAAUUGGUUCUGAAGAUUUUAUAAAAAGGCGAGCAAGAAAGUCAUCGCAGUAGGAAGGAUUCAAUUUAUAGUGAUUAUUCAGAGGAUUACAAUGAUAGACAAGCAACGAUCAGGAGUCGUUCGCAAAAGGAUAAAAGUAAGGAUUAAGCACGUGAUUUGUCAUAAUAAAAUAAAACAAGUAAGGGAUCUCUGCAUGAUAGUUAUGUGAGCAAACUUACGAGAUCAUUAGCUAAAAUUAGAUCUAAAAAACCCAGGGAAUUUACAGAGGAGUAGAAACUAUUAUUGAGAAGGAAACUCUGUGGAGCUUUUUGGUAUAUACGGAUAGGGUUGGGAUUAUAGAAGUAUUUAAAAGGAGUGUGGUUAGAUCGAAGACGAUAAUACUAUUAAAAUGAAGCACAGCAAUUGAUAGAAAAAUUUGAUCAUGAAUUUAACCAUAAAGAAGUAUUCAUAUUGUUUGUUGUUGAAUGUAAUAAAAAUAGAUAUUUUACUAAAAAUUGGAAUAUCUUUGAUAAUAAGGAUAUCGAAUUAAAAUCUACUAUAGUAUUUUAAAUACUGACAGUGUUGUUUAAGAAAAUGUCAUUUUUGACUAAGAACUCCUUGAGUGAUGAACAUAAACAAUUUGUAAAGAGAAUCUCAUCUUAAGGGGGAUUCCUCUUGCCAGGACAUCCCAAGUUUGUAAGUGAUCGAGUACUAUUGAGACCAAGUGUGACUAUAGGAGCAAUAAAUGCCGAAGUAAGCAAAAUGAUUCAAAUGGAUUAUGUGUACAUAUAGGUAAUUGUGCAAAGGGUGUUAUUGAUUCACGAAUGGUAUUCAUAAUACGUUAAGAUUCCCAAUCACAAAGAGGCCAUUAAAAUAUUAGUAUCAGUUUUACAUCAGCUGUAUAUUGAUAGAUUUAGCUAUCUGAAGGUUUAUGAAAAUAAUGAUGCCAUUUACAAUAAAUAAUAAGUUGUUUAUUGUGACUUCGCUUAAUAGAACUAUGUAGAUGUUGCUAUUAUGAUUGAUGAGUCACAUGAGAACUAUGAACCGACAACCAAUUGCUGUAUUCUUGGAUUAGCCACUUAGGAGGAGAUGCAAUAGUUAUAUGAUCAACCUGGUUACAAAGAGUUAUAAACUAUGUUCAAAGAUCAUUGUGAUUAUUUUUAUUCAUAAAUUAACUUUUGA